CCAAGACCAACCGACUGUGUACAGCCACCAUCAAGGUACCCACACCAAAAGUCUGUUGACUCAGGUACAAAUGACACUGAAACCAAAAGGAUUCAUGGGCAAGUUUCAACAGGCCCCGGGACACUCAGCAGCUCUGGACAGGUCUCAGCAGAGCUGGCAGCAGUAAAGUCAGACAGACCCAGGUGUGAAAGGCACCCAACUUUCACAGUCAGCCCAAAGACGGUCUCCCCAAGACCAACCGACUGUGUACAGCCACCAUCAAGGUACCCACACCAAAAGUCUGUUGACUCAGGUAAAAAUGACACUGAAACCAAAAGGAUUCAUGGGCAAGUUUCAACAGGCCCCAGGACACUCAGCAGCUCUGGGCAGCUCUCAGCAGAGCUGGCAGCAGUAAAGACAGACAGACCAAGGUGUCCAGAAGCAGAGACUAAUGUCACAGUGUCCAGCAACCACCAAACACUAAGAAACCCACAAUACGACCAGCUGGGCCGAGCCAUUAUGGAGAAUUACUUGGCAGGGAGAGAUGCCCAACCCCACACUGAACAGACAAUAAAGGCAGUAAGGCCUCCCUCACCCAUUAAGCCCUGUAUGCCAGUUUUCCUGCAUGACCAACCCUUCUCUGACCCAUUCUUCCCAAGUACCUCCAUGGCCUACACCACCUCCCAACAGGCCCAAGUUGUAGGUGGGGAUAAGAAGACGACAAGCCUUGAGAUUUUGUUUUCUUCUGAGGGCAAUGAACUUCUAGACACCUGCUCAUUUGGUAAUAAACACCUCACAAUUCAUACAUCAUCUCCUGCACCAAAGUAUACUGAGGUGUCUUGUGUAUCUGAAUGUACUGAAGUGCCUUGCUUACCACAAGAUGGAAAGGUGAUUUGCAUACCAGAAGAUCCUCAAGUGCCUUGGGUGCCAAAAACAACUCUGCCUCGUAUGUGUUUAGAUCAGAGUUCUUGGGACUGUCUGCAAAAGGAUACGGAGGCUCUCCCACCAUCAUUUCCAGAGGCUCCUCAGGUGUUUGGGGUACAAGAACAGCCUAAGACACCUUCUCCAGAAGAUAAAUCCAUCUGCUGUAGAGCUUCAGGACACUUGAGAAAGGUUCACUGCGCUAACGGCCACACAUUUCGAUCUAAAAGGUUCAGUAAGCGUGCUAAUUGUGCUGUCUGCUCAGACCCCACGGGAGGAUUUGGACGCAAGGCAUACAAAUGUAUGCACUGUAAAAUUUUAGUUCAUAAGAAGUGCCAUACACUCGUCAGAGUUCCAUGCAAGCACCAUACUGGUGAGGAGAAUGGCAGGCCUUUGUGCUCUUCUGCUCUUAAAGACUUUGACUUUCUCCGUGUCCUCGGGAGAGGAAGCUACGGUAAAGUUUUACUAGCUCAGCAUAAAACAACAGAUCACCUCUAUGCCAUGAAAGUGGUGAGAAAGGAUGAUGAAAACCUUAGUCGUCUCCAGGUAGAGAAGCAAAUAUUGGAGAAGAGCUUGAACCACCCUUACCUGGUUGGCCUGCAUUCCUGCAUCGAGACACCAACCAAAUUUUUCUUUAUCCUGGAUUACAUCAGUGGAGGAGACCUAACAUACCAUCUGCAAAAGUUCGGAAUCUUUCCCGAAGCACAUGUGAGAUUCUACUCCGGGGAGAUCUCCUUAGCUAUCAAGUUUCUUCAUGAACAUGAGAUAUUACACAGGGAUCUGAAGUUGGAGAACUUGUUACUAGAUGCGGACGGACACAUUAAAGUUACCGAUUUCAACCUAUGUAAGGCAGGACUGAAGGCAGGCGAGAAGACCAACAGUUUCUGUGGCACACUCAGUUAUCUGGCUCCAGAAAUCAUCAGAGGCGAAAGCUACGGUUUCAGUGUGGACUGGUGGAAUCUUGGAACAGUCAUGUUCGAAAUGAUGGUGGGAGAGCCUCCGUAUCCUUUUGCAGACAGUCCCAAGAACUCUGAUCUAAACACAUACAAGGUCUUGCAAUCUAUGUUAGAAAGAGAAGUCCACAUUCCACAUCACCUGUCUGUUGAAGCCAGAAGCAUCCUCAAGGGUCUUCUGAAGAAGGAGCCAGAGGUAAGAUUGGGCUGUCAUCCUCAGAGAGGAUUCAUCGAUAUUAAAGAGCAUCCAUUCUUUAACAAUCUGGACUGGAACAUGAUGGAAAAAAAGCAAGUGCCUCCUCCCUUUAAGCCAAGUAUUGGUACAGAAUUCGGGAUAGAAAACUUUGACCCUGAAUUUACCAACAAACCUGUCCAGCUCACACCUGAUGACAGUUACUUUGUGAACAGCAUAGAUGAAUUUGGGCUUUGAGUACAUCAAUCCCCUUUUCACAUAAGAAGAAUGAGUCUGAUUGUCACCUUCCAGUUAAGCAUCUGUUUGUAUAUCUAAUGCAUAACAAAACUUGUUACCAGCUUGCAUUCAACUGACACUUUUAUAAUUGCCUGGAAGAUCAUUUUAAUUUCCUUUUUCUAUAUGAAGAUGCCCUGCUUGAUUUUGGUUUUUGGUUGACAGAGUUACUUUUUAUGAUAAGACUUAACGAUGAGGCAAUUUCUUUUUACCAAAUUUGUAAACACAUUCCGUUUGUUACUUGGAGACAUAUUCCUGAUUUUUUUAUUUACUACACUGGAAAAUAAUAUCUCAUUAUGCUUGGUUCGCUCCCAAACUAUAUGACCUAUAUAUUUAGGCCCCUGAUUUUGUAAUAUUCAGGGAAAUCCAAAAACAAUAGUAACAACUUUGAACAACUCUGCAGAAACCACAUACAUUGUAGCUCUGUCUCCUAGGUCAAACUUUAACCAUCUUAAAGUAUUACACCAUAGAUAUACUUUCUAAUAUUACUGGACAUCAAAACAAUAAUGCAAAGAAAGUAUUUCUCCAAAUAAGGCUAAAAUCCCAAAGGAGUUCUAAUGUGGACUCAGUAGGAAACAUUUUAAACAAAUGCCCUGUGUGAGUAUUUUACAUUCUGAAUGCCCAGUGGCAAAGAGCAGCUCUUAAAAGCAGGAUCAGAA